AGUUGGGGAAGGGUGGGAGUCCCAGGGAACCCCUACGCAACUCCCUUAGGAAUAAAGCUCCGCAGCCAGAGCGUCCCUGGGGCUGCUGUUGCAGUCCGUAGCGGGUGAAAGCGACCGGGGCGGUUGAUCGUCAGUUGCCGGGUUGGCCUUUGGAGCGAGAGGAGAAGGAGGAGCAGAAGGAGGGAGCUGGAGGCUGGACGCGUUUGCAGGCGGCGGCGGCGGCGCGGCAGCAGCAGCAGCAACGUGGAGUAACCGAGCGGGUCGGCGCGCGAGGGCCCGGGUGUAGGCCACAGCGCGCCGCUCCGGGAGCACUAAUUUGCGGCCUCGGCAGCCUCUGCUGGCCCUGCGGCACCGGAGCGAGUCCCCAACGCGCGGUGCGAAGCGCAUCUGCGUCCCCGCGGCGCUCCAGGCUCGCCCGCAGCGCGUGCACGCACACGCACACGCGCCCGCGCGGACACACACACACACACACACACACACACACGUGCGCUCCUCUGCUCCGGAGCUGCUGCUGCUCUUGCUCUCAGCGCCGCAGUGGAAGGCACGGCCGAAUCUCUCCUUCUUUAAAUAUAUUAAUUACAGCCCGGGUCAGCAUCGGCGGCCCGCUCACAACGCUCCCGACGCCCCUCCCGUCAGUUCGCCAGCUGCCAGCCCCGGGACCUUUUCAUCUCUUCCCUUUUGGCUGGAGGAGCCGAGUUCAGAUCCGCCACUCGGCACCCGAGACUGACACACUGAACUCCAUUUCCUCCUCUUAAAUUUAUUUCUGCUUAAUAGCCACUCGACUCUUUUUUUCCCCCCUCAUCUCGUCGCUCCAAGAAAACUUUUUCUUACUCCGUAAAGUCAGGGUUCCAUUGCCCAUCCCAUAUUAAUAUUUCCACUUUGGGAACAACUUGCAUUUUCUUUUUUUAAAGGAAUUCAGGCAAGAUACAUUUUUUCUACUCAGCAUUGACUCGAUUGUUUGCAAAAGUUUCGUAUUAAAAACAAACAAACAAUUCUACCCAAUCUAUGCUUUGAGAAUUAUUGGCUUCUAUUUCUUUUUUUUUUUCCCUUCUUUUUUUAACCUAAAAACAGAACAAAACACUUUUUUCCACCUUUUUUUUUUUUUACAAAAAAAAAAAAUGCACUACUGUCUGCUGAGCGCUUUUCUGAUCCUGCAUCUGGUCACGGUCGCGCUCAGCCUGUCUACCUGCAGCACACUCGAUAUGGACCAGUUCAUGCGCAAGAGGAUCGAGGCGAUCCGCGGGCAGAUCCUGAGCAAGCUGAAGCUCACCAGCCCUCCUGAAGACUACCCUGAGCCGGAGGAGGUCCCCCCGGAGGUGAUUUCCAUCUACAACAGCACUAGGGACUUGCUCCAGGAGAAAGCGAGCCGAAGGGCGGCCGCCUGCGAGCGCGAGAGAAGCGACGAGGAGUACUACGCCAAGGAGGUUUACAAAAUAGACAUGCCGUCCUUCUUCCCCUCCGAAACUGUCUGCCCAGUUGUUACAACACCCUCUGGCUCAGUGGGCAGCUUGUGCGCCAGACAGUCCCAGGUGCUCUGUGGGUACCUUGAUGCCAUCCCGCCCACUUUCUACAGACCCUACUUCAGAAUUGUCCGGUUUGAUGUGUCAACCUUGGAGAAGAAUGCUUCCAAUUUGGUGAAAGCAGAGUUCAGAGUCUUUCGUUUGCAGAACCCCAAAGCCAGAGUGCCUGAACAACGGAUUGAACUCUAUCAGAUCCUCAAAUCCAAAGAUUUAACAUCUCCAACCCAGCGCUACAUUGACAGCAAAGUCGUGAAAACAAGAGCAGAAGGCGAAUGGCUGUCCUUCGAUGUGACUGAUGCAGUUCAUGAGUGGCUUCACCAUAAAGAUAGGAACCUGGGAUUUAAAAUAAGUUUACAUUGUCCCUGCUGUACCUUUGUACCAUCCAACAAUUACAUCAUACCAAAUAAAAGUGAAGAGCUAGAAGCAAGAUUUGCAGGUAUUGAUGGCACCUCCACAUAUACCAGUGGUGAUCAGAAAACUAUAAAGUCCACUAGGAAAAAAAACAGUGGGAAGACCCCACAUCUCCUGCUAAUGUUAUUGCCCUCCUACAGACUUGAGUCACAACAGUCCAACCGGCGGAAGAAGCGUGCUUUGGAUGCGGCCUAUUGCUUUAGAAAUGUGCAGGAUAAUUGCUGCCUACGUCCACUUUACAUUGAUUUCAAGAGGGAUCUUGGGUGGAAAUGGAUACAUGAACCUAAAGGGUACAAUGCCAACUUCUGUGCUGGAGCGUGCCCAUAUUUAUGGAGUUCAGAUACUCAGCACAGCAGGGUUCUCAGUUUAUAUAACACCAUAAAUCCAGAAGCAUCUGCUUCUCCUUGCUGUGUGUCCCAAGAUUUGGAACCGCUAACCAUUCUCUACUACAUCGGCAAGACACCCAAGAUCGAACAGCUUUCCAAUAUGAUUGUAAAGUCUUGCAAAUGCAGCUAAACUUCUUGGAAAAACGACAAGGCAGAAAUCAUGAUAACAACAGCAACGACCAUGAUUAUGCUUGUAACAAGAAAACAUAGAGAGCCUUUUUUCAUCAGUGUUAACAGAUUUUGAAAAAGCGGUACUAGUUCAAAUACUUUGGAAGUUUGUGUUCUGUUUGUUAAAACUGGCAUCUGAAACAAAAAAAGUGGAAGGCCUUAUUCUACAUUUCACCUACUUUGUAAGUGAGAGAGAAGAAGCAAAAUCUUCUUUUUUUUAAGAAAAAAAUAAACACUGGAAGAAUUUGUUAGUGUUAAUUAUGUGAAAGAAAAAAAAAAACAGGAAAAUCCCAUUAAGUGGAGUUGCUGUACGUACCGUUCCUAUCCCACGCCUCACUUGAUUUUUCUGUAUUGCUAUGCAAUAGGCACCCCUCCCGUUCUUACUCUUAGAGUUAACAGUGAGUUAUUUAUUGUGUGUUACUAUAUAAUGAACGUUUCAUUGCCCUUGGAAAAUAAAACAGGUGUAUAAAGUGGAUACCAAAUACUUUGCCAGAAACUCAUGGAUGGCUUAAAGAACUUGAAUUCAAACGAGCCAGAAAAAAAUAAGAGGUCAUAUUAACGGGAUGAAAACCCAAGUGAGUUAUUACAUGACCAAGCGAGUCUGCAUUAAGAUAAAGACCCUGAGAACACAUGCCGUGUACCAACUGCCUAAGGAAGCUUCGUGUAAGGUUCAAACACUAAAAAGCCUGUUAAUAAGAACAGAAUGAGUCUGUAAGAUUUUUUUUUUUAAUUUUCCUUUCAAUUGUAAAUGGUUCUUUGUCAGUUUGGCAUACCAGUGAAAUGUUGAAAUGUUUUGACAUGUACUGAUCAAACUUAGGACCUUCGAGUAUUGCUGUAUAGCUAUGCUAUGGUUUUUAUUUUUUCUUUGUUUUGGUAUAUGUAACCAGUCCUGUAUUAUUAAAAUAGAUGGGCAUAGAAGCCAGCAUAAUUGAAAACACAUCUGCGGAUCUCUUUUGCAAACUAUUAAAUCAAAACAUUAACUACUUUACGUGUAAUGUGUAAAUUCUUACCAUAUUUUUUAUAUUCUGUAAUAAUGUCAACUAUGAUUUAGAUUGGACUUAAUUUGGGCUCUUUUUAAUGAUCAUUCACAAUUGUAUGUUUCCUUUAGCCGGCCAGUACUUUUGAGUAAAACCCCUAGAUUUUGACUUGCACUAUAAAUACAUUUUUAAAAUAGUAUCUGCUCUACUUGUGCUUUGUGUAUUGUUCAUUUUUAUGACAUAAGCUACCUGGGUCUACUUGUGCUUUUUUUUUCCUUUUAUGAAAAGAAUAGAUUUGAGUUCAAGUGGUCUUCCUUCAUCUUCUAAGCAUAAUUCAUAACCAAGUCAGUUAGGAAGCUUCUACUUUAGGAAAAUGGGGAUAUUGUGAACACAUAGAUAAGUGAGGGAAAUGUUUUAGUUUUAAUGAGGGUUUGAAGAUCUGAACUCAGAAUCUUGGACUGAGUUAAGAAAGGGUUCUCUAAUUUGACUUAAUUAGUGUUUUCACAGAAUUUCAUUAUUACUUUAAAGCGGGCAGUUCAAGGAGAACAUCUUUUCCUUUAAAGUGAGAUUUUUAGUGUUAACGGGAAAUUGAAAAAAAUAGACAUUUUAUUUGGUUUUUCAAAAGAGGGAAGAGUCCAGGUCAGCAUUAGUCAUUUCAUUCAUUUCACUGAAGUUAAGAUUUUUAUAGAUGUUCUUUGAAGGUUAGAAAGGCACAAGCCAGAGCCUCCCCUGAUCAAAACAUUCUUUCCUUCCUCUGAAUGAGAGUCACCUAUAGCUGAGGCUAACACUUACUUUGCUUUAAUAACUGAGUUGCAUCAUUGCAGAGGAGGUACCUUGUGUCAGGUUUGUAGGAUAUGUUUGUCACUUAUUCAGGUUUAAGAUAAAAAAUGUACAGGUAAAACAAUGGAAUAUUUUCAGUUUCACCUAAAGGGCAGCAGAGUGAGGCAUGAAUCCAAAGAGAAGUUGAUUGGUAUGGUGUGCUUCUUUUUUGGAAUUUCUCACCAUGAAUUCAAAUGAAGAAUUGGAUUUUGCAAGUUUGAAAACUGGAAAAGCAAGAGAUGGGAUGCUGCAAAUAGUGAACAAUCCUUGUGUUGGGUGGAACCCAAUCCCAGAUUUGACUGUGUGUUAUUUUUUUUCCUCUUCCACUUUUCUAUUAAUUCUGUGUAAAUCACUUUAAUUUCUGCAGGUAUUUUCCUCUCAGAUAAAACGACGUUUUGUUUUGUAUUAUUUUGUCUUUCCUUAUGAAUGCACUGAUAAUAUUUUAAAUGCUCUAUUUUAAGAUCUCUUGAAUCUUUUUUUUUUAAUUUGGGGUUCUAUAAGGUCUUUAUUUCCCAGAAGUAAAUAUUGCCGUGGGAGGGGAGGGUGGUGGGAGGGAGUCGGGGAAGUGUUAGUACAUGGGUGGGGACAGCAGUUUGUAUGUGUUAAGCAGCAUUACAAUUUUAUGGUUGGCAUGGUUAAAAAGAUGGAAUAUAAGAAUAGCUGUUUUGUAUUUUGAUGACCAAUUAUGCUGUAUUUUAACACAAUGUAUGUCUGUUUUUUUGUGGUGCUCUAGUGGUAAAUAAAUUAUUUCAAUUAUA